AGGCUUUUCAUUUUUAUAAGGGAGUGGUGAUUUUUAGAAUUUUAGUCUUCUACCUCAGGAGACCAUGUCUAUGAAAUAAUAAAAGAAGGCUUUUAGGAAUCACUGAAAUUAUAAAUCUUUGAAAUGGACAAACUCAGAAUGGUGCUACUUGAAGACUCUGGAUCUCCUGACUUUAGAAGAUGGUUUGUCCACUUGAGUCCCUUCACUAUUGCUGCCGUCUCACUUCUCAGCACCUGUUUCUUCACCAGUUCUCUUGGAGGAAAGCAUAAGGAACUGAGGCUUGUGGAUGGUGAAAACAAGUGCAGUGGUCGAGUGGAAGUGAAAGUCCAAGAGGAGUGGGGAACCGUGUGCAAUAAUGGCUGGAGCUCGAACGAGGUCUCUGUGAUCUGUCAGCAGCUGGGCUGUCCCACUGCUGUCAAAGCCACAGGGUGGGCAAAUUCCAGCGCAGGCUCUGGGCGCGUUUGGAUGGAUCAUGUUUCUUGUCGUGGAAAUGAGUCCGCUCUCUGGGACUGCAAACAUGACGGAUGGGGAAAGCAUAGCAACUGCACUCACGAACAGGAUGCUGGAGUGACCUGCUCGGAUGGAUCCAAUUUGGAGAUGAGGUUAAUGAAUGGAGGGAAUCGGUGUUCUGGAAGGAUAGAGAUCAAAUUCCAAGGACAGUGGGGCACAGUGUGUGAUGACAACUUCCACAUAGACCAUGCUUCUGUGGUUUGCAAACAGCUCAAAUGUGGAGAUGCCAUCAGUUUCUCCGGUUCCGCUAAUUUUGGAGAAGGCUCUGGACCCAUCUGGUUUGAUGAUGUUGCCUGCAAUGGAAACGAGUCUGCUCUCUGGAACUGUAAACACGAAGGGUGGGGAAAGCAUAACUGCGACCAUGCCGAGGACACCGGUGUGAUUUGCUCAGAUGGAGCAGAUCUGAGCCUGAGACUGGUAGAUGGAGUCACUGCAUGUUCAGGAAGGCUAGAAGUAAGAUUCCAAGGAGAAUGGGGGACAGUGUGUGAUGACGGCUGGGACAGCAAAGAUGCCGCCGUGGUGUGUCAACAACUGGGAUGCCCAACUGCCGUCACUGCCGUCGGGCGAGUUAAUGCCAGCGAGGGAUCUGGACACAUCUGGCUUGACAGCGUUUCUUGCCAGGGGCAUGAAGCUGCCCUCUGGCAGUGUAAACACCAUGAAUGGGGGAAGCACUAUUGCAACCAUAAUGAAGAUGCUGGUGUGACGUGUUCUGAUGGAUCAGAUCUGGAGCUCAGACUUAAAGGUGGAGGCAGCCGCUGUGCUGGGACAGUUGAGGUGGAAAUUCAUAGACUGUUAGGGAAGGUGUGUGACAGAGGCUGGACACUGAAAGAAGCAGAGGUGGUUUGCAGGCAACUGGGGUGCGGAUCUGCACUUCAAACCUCCUACCAGGUGUAUUCCAAAGUCAAGGAAACAAGCACAUGGUUGUUUGCAAAUGACUGCAGUGGGAAUGAAACUUCUCUCUGGGACUGCAAGAACUGGCAGUGGGGUGGACUUCCCUGCAAUCCCUUCGAAGAAGCCAAAGUCACUUGCUCAGCCCACAGGGAGCCCAGACUGGUCGGAGGGGACAUUCCCUGCUCUGGACGUGUCGAAGUGAAGCACGGUGACACAUGGGGCUCCGUCUGUGAUUCUGACUUCUCUCUGGAAGCCGCCAUGGUACUCUGUAGGGAAUUACAAUGUGGCACGGUCGUCUCUAUCCUGGGGGGAGCUCACUUUGGAGCAGGGAAGGGACAGAUCUGGGCUGAAGAAUUCCAGUGCAGCGGGCACGAGUCCCACCUUUCACUCUGCCCAGUCGCACCCCGCCCGGACGGAACAUGCGGCCACAGCAGGGACGUCGGAGUCGUCUGCUCAAGAUACGUAGAAAUCCGCCUGGUGGAUGGCAAGUCCCCCUGCGAGGGAAGAGUGGCGCUCAAGACGCUUGGGAGCUGGGGACCCCUCUGCAGCUCUCACUGGGACCUGGAAGACGCCCACGUGCUCUGCCAGCAGCUUCAAUGUGGAGUGGCCCUCUCGACCCCAGAAGGAGCCCACUUUGGGACGGGAAGUGGCCAGGUCUGGAGGCACAUGUUUCACUGCACCGGGACUGAGCAGCACAUGGGAGACUGUCCUGUCACCGUGCUGGGUGCGUCACUGUGUCCUCCGGGGCAAGUGGCCUCUGUAAUCUGCUCAGGAAACCAGUCCCAGACACUGUCCCCCUGCAAUUCAUCAUCUUCGGGCCCAACUCGCCCUACCGUUCCAGCAGGAAGUGCUGUUGCGUGCAUAGAGAGUGGGCAACUUCGCCUGGUGGAUGGAGAGGGCCGCUGUGCAGGGAGGGUGGAGGUCUACCACGAAGGCUCCUGGGGCACCGUCUGUGAUGACAGCUGGGACCUGAGAGACGCCCGCGUGGUGUGCCGGCAGCUGGGCUGUGGAGAGGCCAUCAAUGCCACUGGUUCUGCUCAUUUUGGGGAGGGGACGGGGCCCAUCUGGCUGGAUGAGCUGAGCUGCGAUGGAAAAGAAUCCCGAGUGUGGCAGUGCCGUUCGCAUGGCUGGGGGCAGCACAACUGCCGGCACAAGGAGGACGCGGGAGUUAUUUGCUCAGAGUUCAUGUCUCUGAGACUGGCCGGUGAAACGGGUGGAGAGGCCUGCACCGGACGUCUGGAAGUUUUUUACAACGGAGCAUGGGGCAGCGUUGGCAGAGGCGGCAUGUCUGCGACCACUGUGGGGGUGGUGUGCAGGCAGCUGGGCUGUGCGGACAAAGGGCAGGUCAGCCCUGCACCUUCAGACCAGGCGGUGUCCACCAUGUGGGUGGACGAUGUCCAGUGUCCAAAAGGGCCUGAGACGUUGUGGCAGUGCCCAUCCUCUCCGUGGAAGCAAAGGCGAGCCAGCCCCUCCGAGGAGACUUGGAUCACGUGCAGCAACAAGAUAAGACUGCAAGACGGAACCACUAAGUGUUCCGGACGUGUGGAGAUCUGGCACGGAGGAUCCUGGGGGACAGUGUGUGAUGACUUCUGGGACCUGGAUGAUGCCCAGGUGGUGUGUCGCCAGCUGGGCUGUGGUCCCGCUUUGCAGGCACUAAAAGAAGCAGAGUUUGGCCAGGGCACCGGGCCCAUAUGGCUCAAUGAGGUGAAGUGCAGAGGGAAUGAGUCUUCCCUGUGGGACUGUCCUGCCAGACGCUGGGGCCACAGCGAGUGUGGGCACAAGGAAGAUGCUGCUGUCAACUGCUCAGGUGAGUGCAGACGCCUGGGCUGAGCUUGGAAUCUCAGG